AUGGUUCCAACGUCUGAGCGUGAUUGGGAGUUUGAUAGAUUCAAUGAUGGAUCGAAAGAUCUGGUGACAAAUGCUCAGUAUAGACGCUACAAUCGAUUUUUAACACAACAUAAACAAUCAUUAAAACGUAUUGAAGAAUCAUUGGGAUCAAAUAUAACCGAUGCAUGGGAUUUUGACUUGAAUCCUGUUGAAUUAACAUUUCUACCAUAUGAACAAGCAUCCAUAUUGGAUUUAAUACGAACUCAAAAUAAAAUAUUGAAUAAAAUAAUCAUUGUAUUUUCAUCAUUAUGUUGUGAAUGUAAAUUUCUCGUAUAUGAAUGUGAACGAAAAUAUAUACCAGCUAUAUUGUUUUUCGGCGAAGGAGAGCAAGAUGGACAAGAACGAUCCACAUACGUAGGACAAUUUGUAUCAUUACUGCAGGAUUUAUCAUGUUAUGUUAAUCGCUGCAAUGAAGUUGUGCUCAAUAUUUUACAACAAUUAUCAGCUUUAUAUGGUCCAAUCAAUCAAAACGGACGUCCAAGAUUGAUGGAUGUCUCUGACCUUCAUAUACCGAUCGUUUUUGAACAUCUGGCCGAUUUAUUACGUUGUUUAGUGACAUUAGAUGAAUGUUUUCGACGUAAUUCUGCAAUUGUUGAAUUGUGGCCGCAGUUUAAAAGAAUGAUAACCUCUAUCAAAAAUAAUCCAGAUAAAGUGCAAACAGAUUUAUCACGUUUACCAGCAUUUGAAAAAAUUCUUGUGGCACUUGAAGGACAACUGUUAGACGGAAGAAUAUUUCAAAAUUGUAUCGAACAGAUAUUUGACUCAACACAAACAGUCACAAAAAACUCGACAUUAGCCGAUGAAUUUUCACUUACUAUACGUGAUUUAAUGUUAAAUAUUGAACCGAAAUUAGGUGAAUUUAAUGAAAUGGAUAGUCGUUUAAAAUAUGUUGGAAUAUGUGCAUUAUAUUGUUUACACUAUCAAUUGUAUCGAAUAUUAGAUAAAAAACAACUAAAACCAAUAUGGGAUGUUUAUAAAAAAAUUCCAAUUGUGUAUUUAGUUGGUAAUGUUAGUUGGAUGGCUAAUAAGUUCUUGUUAGAAAAAAUUCCACAAUUGAUGAAAUUAUUAGAUAAGAAAGCAUUGCAAGCUGUUGAACAACAUCGCAUUACUUAUAUUCAAACGAAAGAAUCAGCUUUAAGCAAAGAACUUCAGCAAAGUUAUUUACAAGUUCUUUCUUGGCUUGUUCGCAUGGAUUCACAACUCAUAAGUACCGAUGGAACAGAGAACAGUUUAGAAAAAGAUGUGAUGAGAAAAAGUUCACUUUUAUUACAGGGUUUAUUUACUGCUUAUUAUUUGUCUCAUACAGUAAAAACGUUGAUUAGUUUACAUUAUUCAUCAAGUUUACCAAUGAAACCUGAGUGCAUGCUCACACUCUACCGAUAUACAGAACUGUUGAAAGUAAUUGAAUAUACAUAUUAUCGACAUUCAAUGGCAAUUGGACCCUAUUUUAAUGCAAUGAUGCAGUUUCUUUCUCAAAGACUAUUGAAACAUAUUGCCGCUGCUAAAAAACGUAUUACAUUAACAACAGACAGACGUGUGAGUGAUAAACAAUUAGACGUAUUAGCUGGAUUGGUCUUAGCUGAAUCAUGUCUGAAUGGACCUAGUACAAAAGAACGUUUAUUGAUUGUUCGUUUGGCAUUUUCAUUUGGGUCACGUAUGAAAACAUUCAGAGAAGAAGAAGUAGUUGCUUUCGAAGAUACUAUGAAAAAAUUAGAAACAUUAGCGUCGUUUUCUGAAAAACUUGAUAAUGCGUGUGAUACAACCUUUACAUAUUGGGAACAAAAUUCAUUUCGACUUUAUUUACAAGAUUUAUUCAUAACCGUCCGUGAUCCUCAUCGACUCCAUUAUAUUUUCGCCGCUCUUCGUGACUGUGUACCAUCGUUAAGAUUUAUACGACAUGAUAAAUCAGAAAAAUUAAUUAAUUUAUAUAAAAAUGAAAUAAUGAAAAUAUUUGAUCAGUGUUUUCUGCAAGAAUUAUUCAAAACAAUCGAAGAUGAUUUACGUUAUUCGUGCCAUGCACAUUUAGAAGUUGGUGAUAGAAGCGUAUUUCGUUCAAAUUUUAGAGAUGUUUCACCAUUUUUACGUGUAAAACCAAUUCGAUUCUUUGAUGAAUUUUUGAAUAUUAAAGGUGCUGUUGAAAGUUAUUUAGACAAGAAUUUUUAUGAUUAUACCACAACAUCAUCAACAGAUUGGAAUACGUACAGUGAAAUGAGAAAUUUAGCAUCACAAAAAUAUGGUCUCGAUUUACAUGAACCACAUUUACCGAGUAAAACAUUAGAACAAGGUUGUGAUGUACUUGAUUUAAUGCGCAAUUUAAACUCAUUUGUAUCACAACAUUAUUACAAUAUUAAUAAUCAAAUAUUUAUUGAACGAUCCAGCAAUAAUAAAUUUUUAAGAACGUUGAAUAUUCGACAUGUAGCCAAUUCAAUACGAACGCAUGGAAUUGGAAUAAUGAAUACGGCAGUUAAUUUUACCUACCAAUAUCUUCGUCAAAAGUUUUAUAUGUUUUCACAAUUUUUAUUUGAUGAACAUAUUAAAUCUCGUCUAAUGAAAGAUAUCAAAUAUUUUAAAGAAAAUAAAGAUAAACAUAAUCAACGAUAUCUAUUUGAACGUGCAAAAAAGUUUUUUAUUGGCAUUCGAAAAUUAGGUGUACAACCGGAUACAAAUGAAACAUAUUUGGAUCAAUUUCGACAAUUAAUUGGACAAAUUGGUAAUGCAAUGGGUUAUGUAAGAAUGAUACGUUCUGGUGGAUUAAACACAUGUUCAGGUUCAAUUAGAUUUAUACCAGAUUUUGAAGAAGUCAUUUCCUAUGAAGAAUAUUCACAAAAGGCAAAUCUUCCUGUUGAAACCGUUAGUGCAGCAAAACAAUUGGACGAUGUCAUAUCAAAUUUGGUUAAAAAUUUUACAGAAGGAACAGAAUAUUUCAAAAUUUUAGUUGAUGUGUUUUCAUCAGAAUUUCGGGGGAAAAAAAAUUUACAUUUGAAAAAUUUUUAUGUUAUUGUACCACCAUUGACACUGAGUUUUGUUGAACAUAUAAAACAAUUGAAAGAUAACUUAACAAAAAAAUCAAAAGUAAAUGCUUCGUUUACCGAUGAUGGAUUUGUUAUGGGUGUUGCUUACAUCCUGAAAUUACUCGAUCAAUAUCGUGAUUUUGAUUCGUUACAUUGGUUCGAAGCUGUUCGAGAGUCAUUUGAUAAUGAGAAAAAUGAUGUUAUUAACAAAUCAAGAAACAGUACUGAGGAAAAUGUCAAAAAGGCAUUGAAUGCAUCAAUGAAACGAAUUGAAAAUGAUCAAUUGGAAUUUGAUCUAUUAAACUAUUCGUUACGUAGUGCAAGAAUCUUCUUCCGUGCCGAUAAAACAGCCGAUGAAGAUAAACGCACGACAACGUCAAGUGAUGGAAAAGGAACUGCUGGAGAGGAAAACAAUACUAGGCCACAUUCUGAUACAGUCGCCUCAACAGCUACGGACACAACUACUUCAGUAUUACCCCCACAAAACAUACCACCUCCUCCUCCUCUGCCCUCUUCGUCUUCGUUUAUACCACCACCUCCACCACUACCACCAUUUUUGAUGUAA